GUGAUACAGAAUAUACGUGUGUGUUUGAUUGAAUAUAGAAGCAGUUGAAAACUGAUCGAAACAAGUCUUACGAUGGGAUGUGUGAGCAGGUUGAAAGCCCCCAAUAAUGGUCUGCACACAGAAUAAGCCUAACAACGCACCCAGAUGUAACCCUAUCCGGCACAACCCACUGUCUCUCGUGCCUUAUUGCUUUAACUGUCUACGGCUUUUCCUUAUUUGUAUUUUAUUUUAUAGCAUCACUUCCUAGGUCAUUACCCUCAGUGUCUUCCGGUUCAAAGAAUGUUACUGUUUGAAAAGCAUGUCAGUCAAUAGUGAAGCUGGUUCGUUCAUGCAACACCCACACAUCACCUAUGUCUUAAGGAGUCUUGAGAUGUCUUCAUAUCCGUGUUUCAAGACGUCCAAAGACAUGGUGAUUUCUGGGUACGAAGGAAAGAAGUGUUGAGAAACUUAAUUGUACCCGAUGCUACAUAGUGAUAGAAGCUACUGGAGACCCAGCCGAUCUUGGAGAUCACCUUAUAUUUGAAUUUCUCCUGCGCAAACAUGAAGGCAUCUGCUUUUCUCCUCACUUUCCUGCUCGCCGUCUCUGGGGCCACUCGAGUCACAAGAGAGACGACACCUGGUAGCCUGCUUGAAGCGACCAAUCGGAGUCAAGAGGGUGACCAACUGGGGCUUGGCCAGGAGAGUGUCCCUGGACAGCCUGCGUUGGAGAAGAACAUUUCGGAGGUCCCUUUCAAGCCCAGCCCCCCACGUUUAUCCUACCCUCCCAUGUGUGUGAAGCCCACGGAGAUCAAGCACGCUUUCAAGUAUGUGAACACGGUAGUUUCCUGCCUUAUCUUUGUGGUGGGGAUCAUCGGAAACUCCACGCUCCUGCGCAUUAUCUACAAGAACAAGUGCAUGCGCAAUGGCCCCAACGUGCUCAUUGCCAGUCUGGCCCUUGGGGACCUGCUGUACAUUCUCAUUGCCAUCCCGAUCAACAUCUUCAAGCUGUUGGCAGAGGAUUGGCCGUUUGGGGUCUAUAUCUGCAAACUGAUGCCCUUCAUCCAGAAAGCAUCGGUGGGAAUCACUGUCCUCAGCCUCUGUGCUCUUAGUAUUGACAGGUACAGGGCAGUGGUUUCGUGGAGCCGUGUUCAAGGAAUGGGGAUCCCGCUGUGGAAGGCAGUAGAGGUGACACUGAUCUGGGCAGUCGCCGUGCUCCUGGCCAUGCCAGAGGCCAUUGCCUUUGACAUGAUGGAGAUGCCCUACAGAGGCACCAAGCUGAGGGUCUGUCUCCUCCACCCCCAGCAGCAAUCAGUGUUCAUGAUGUUCUACCGCGAUGUGAAGGACUGGUGGCUCUUUGGGUUUUAUUUUUGCCUCCCGCUGGCCUGUACUGGGGUUUUUUACACACUCAUGUCCUGUGAGAUGCUGAGCCGCAGAAUGGGGAUGCGCAUAGCUCUCAAUGACCACAUGAAACAGCGUCGCGAGGUGGCUAAGACAGUGUUCUGCCUGGUGGUGAUCUUUGCCCUGUGCUGGCUGCCUCUUCACCUCAGCCGGAUCCUGAAGAUAACCAUCUAUGAUGAGAAUGACCCCAACCGCUGCCAGCUGCUAAGCUUCCUGCUGGUAAUGGACUACAUUGGAAUCAACAUGGCUUCGCUAAACUCCUGCAUCAAUCCUGUGGCGCUCUAUUUCGUGAGCCAGAAAUUCAAAAACUGUUUCCAGUCCUGCCUGUGCUGCUGGUGCAAGAGGCCUACCCGAAACAUCACCCCCACCGAUGAGAAGGGAUCAGGGGGCCGUUGGAAAGGCCACUGCCAUGGAAACGGCCUGGACAGGAGCAGCUCCCGCUCCAGCCACAAAUACAGCACAUCAUAAUCGAGAGGGGCAGUUUGGAGCCUGCCUGCCACAACACAGCUCCUCCAACAGAUAGACUUCACUGGGGAGGGAAACCUGUGGCACACGUUGCAGCGAAGCACAUCUCGGGAAGCCUGAAUUCCAUUCUCAGAUAGGCUCCACCAUGGCAGCUGAUGGAAUCAACUUCAGCACAAUCAUAAAUCC